AUAAGGUCUUGUAGUAUAUGCAGUCCCUUAGUAAUGCAAGUGUUUUUUUUUUUUUUUAAAUACCUUUUUAUUUGGGGGUAAUUCUAGACUUACAGAAAAGUUGCAAAGAUUUGUCAAAACCAAGAAACUGACAUUGGCAUGCUACUACUAACUAAACUCCAAACUUUAUUUGGAUUUCACCAGUUUGUACAUUAAUGUCCUCUUUGUGUUCUGGAAUCCGAUCCAUAUCCUAAACAUGGCAUUAAUUGUCAUAUCUCCCUAGUCUCUUCUGAUCUGUGACAAUUUCUCAGUCUUUCCUUGUUUGUCAUGGCCUUGAUGGUCUUGAAGACUGGCCAGGUGUUAUAGAAUGUUCACCAAACUGAUUUUGUCUGCUGUGUUUCUCAUAAUCUAGACUGGGGUUCAGGCCUUGGGUUUUGGGGAGACUACAAAGAGGAGAAGCGCUAUAUUGUCACAUCACAUCAUGGCAUGUGUGACAUCAGUACGUCUUAUCACUGGUUAUAUUAGUCCUGAUCAUUUUUUUAAAAUGUUUUAUUUAUUUAUUCAUGAAAGUCAGAGAGAGAGAGAGAGGCAGAGGUAGAGGGAGAAGCAGGCUCCCCGCCUAGCAGGGAGCCCGAUGCAGGACUCGAUCCCAGGACCCUGGGAUCAUGACCUGAGCUGAAGGCAGACGCUUAACCGUCUGAGCCACCCAGGCGCCCCUAGUCCUGAUCAUUUGAUUAAUGUUGGGUUUGCUAAGUUUCUGCAUGGUUUUCCCCUUUCUGGACUCUUUGGAAUUGAGUUGCUAAGUCUAGCCCACUCACCAGGAGGACAGGGCAAUAAGCUCCACUUCCUGAAGACAGUAUCUAUGUGUAUUAUUUGGAAUGCUUCUGUGAGGCAUAUCUGUCUCUUCUCUUCAUUUUCUUCUUUAUUAAAUCAUUUAUUUACAUCAGUAUGGACUCACAGAUACAAUUUUAUGCUUUGGGUUAUCAUCUAAUACUAUGUCAUUCCUUUUGUUGCUUAAAUUGUUCCAGAUUUGGCCACUGGGAGCUUCCUUCUAGAAUUUUCAUGGACUGUCUCAUCUUGUUUGUGCCAAUAAACCACUUUUCUAGAGUAGAAGGUUGAGUGUAACUCUUGAAGGAUUUUAAGGCAACGGAGUGCCUCCUCUGGUUGACCUCGCACUCUGGUCUGUAGAGUUCAAGCUCCCAGGGGACACGGGCGACACACUGUACAACUCCACAGCUACUCACUGAUGUUUCUGGAUGGGCUAUUAAGUCCAAGCUCCUCUUGGGACCAGGUUCACCGAUGGAGGGGGGCGAGUCAGGGCCAAGGCUGGACCCACUGGGAGUCCAGAAGGUGCCCAGGAAUUUGCAGGGGUGAGAAGGGGUGAGAAGGAAGCAGGUGACAUGAUCCUAUAUUGGAGCGUUAUUGGAGUCCUGAGACUUCCCUGGUAGGGCAUGCUUCAGGGCCCAAGGAUGGUGUCCACCCAUCCUUGGGGGCUCAAUCCAGAGACUGCAGCAGUUAAGGUGUUCAAGAGGCUCUAGUUGGGCCCAGCACCCCAUACUUAUCUCCAGGACUUAAACUUAGGCCCAGGAAAGGCUGGAUGAUCUUUUGUCAACCUGUAGUGGUAUAGACUUGUCCUUGACCCCUCCUGUGAUUGGGAGAGUACUGCACUUGGAGCCAGGAUAGGUUGCGGGGAAGGAGUAGCAGGAAACAGCGGUCACAGUUGGGGCUGGGACAACAGAGCAGUUGGCUCAGGGUGAAGUCACUUAGAAAUGUGAGCUCCAGUUGGUCUUUGGCGAAGGAAAACCGCAUCCUCUCCAGAAGGCUUUCAGCCCAAGGGCUGAAGGAGCCGCAUGUGCCAGGUCCCUGCCCACAAGCCUUUGGAGCUCCUAAAAGGGGUGUGGGCGAGACUCAGGGAGCUGGUAGUUUAAAAAGCAGCAGAAACGUUGCACUGAGCAGAACAUUCUGGCGGUUGGCACUAUGAAGGGCACACUGCUUGUGCUGGCCUUGCUGGUGACCCAAGAGCUGGGCAUCGAGAUGGUGAAAUCUUGCCCUAUUUUUUAUGUGAUCUUUGGUGCCGUGGCCAUUGGAGAGAAGUUAACGCUGGACGCCAGCCUUGAUCUGGUCAAUGCCACUGAACCAGAAAAAGCAGCCAUGGAAAAAAUCCAGGAUUGCUACAAUGAGAAGGGACUCAAAGCCAAGGCCUUGGAUCUGACUGUCAUGGCUACCAUCACCACCAGCAAGCAGUGCAUCUCUGAAGCUGUGGUCCCAUUGAAGAAUGUCGUGACCUCGUUGGGGAGAUGAAUCUUUGCCCCAGAUGCCUGAUCUGAGCUCUGUCCUCCUGCUCUGUUCUUCACACCUGAAGCUGGAAUCCCCAUACCUGUCCUCACCUCCUUCAGUCUCUAUCAGGCUGGCUGUAAUAAAAUAACUGCAGCUUAGCUCUGCAUGCCCCAUGUCUGUGUGCUUGGCAGAGAGUGUGCGAGGCCUGGCAGGAGGUCCCAGGACACGGCGAAGGGGAGGGGGGGACACACAUGUGGUCACUGAGAGCGUGGGGACUGGAGUCAGGCCGAAUCAGGAGCAGGUGCAAGCGGUUUUCUCUUUCUCAGGCUAUUCUCUCAUCUGUAAAAUGGGGAUUCUGUGUGUGGAUUAAAUAGCAUAUAUGUAAGCCCAGGAUUCCCCACUCUGGAUGGAUAAAAAUGUCCACGUAGCCUAUUGCUGACUCCGCAUUUGCCACCGUUGCAGAGCCUUUAGCCCCUUACAUGUCACACUGGUCAUUGGAGGGUGGACUCAAGCGAUAACCUGAGUGGGCUUAUCACAAGUCCUCUCCGUCUCCCAGUGGCAUCCGCCCUUUUAUGCUUCUUAGGUGGGUGUCUUCUGAGGAGGCCGGCCUUUCUGCCGAGACACCCAGUUCCACUGCUGUUCUUGGGUUCUGCCAGUGGACCCAGGACCGCCAUGCAAUCUUGGCUCAGGAGGAAGGGAGAAAGGGAGUGGAAACCAACCCAGAGGGAAUGCUGCUGUCGCCGGGAGCUCAGGCUCUUAAAUCUUACUUGCAGGAUGUGUCACCUCUGGCAAGUGUCAUGAGCCCUCUGAGCCUACUUCCAAAAGCAUCAGAUCGGCAAUUGUAUUUAUCAGUAGGCUACUUGUGAAGCUGCAAGGCUAGGAGUAGGUUUUACCUUUAUUUCCUAGAGACUAGAGCAGUGUUGGGCUCCAGUGAGUAUGGCUCACAGAAAAAGUGGCACAGCAGGUGGCCUCUCGCUACCUUCCUGGGCCAGGCAAGCACAGUAAGGUCAUAUUGAGGGUGUUGCACUUGGGACAUGCCAAGAGGCCAGGGGCUUGAGUUCUGGCUCUUUUCUGGCCUAAUGGUUGAACUUAAGCAUUUUAAUUUACUGUUGGCUCAUUUUACAAAUGGAUUUUAUACCUGCCAAGUCUGCUAGACUUAAUAUUAAGUGUUCAGGUCAUACUAAAGAUCUAAAAUUUUAUUGAUAAAUACAAAAUAAAAUUUGAAUUGAUAGAGGGCUAAAUCAUAUUUUAUACAGGAUAAAUUGACCCUGUAGAAAUGGAACUGGAGGGGAUUAUGCCAAGUGAAAUAAGUCAAGCAGAGACAGACACUUAUCAUAUGGUUUCACUCAUAUGUGGAACAUAAGGAAUAGUGUGGAGGACCACAGGGGAAGGGAAUGAAAAACUGGGAAGAAAUCAGAGAGGAAGACAAACCAUGAGAGACUCUGGACUCUGGGAACCAAACUGAGGGUUGCAGAAAGGGAGGAGGGUAGGGGGAUGGGGUAACUGGGUGAUGGGCUUUAAGGGGGCACAUGAUGUGAUGAGCACUGGGUGCUAUACGCAACGAAUGAAUCGUUGAACACUACAUCAAAAACUAAUGAGGUGCUGUAUGUUGGCUAAUUGAACAUAAUAAUAAUAAAAAGAAAUGUCAACUAGUCCUAAAUCCAUCUAAAUUAAUUAUGUUCUAAUGAAGAUUGAUUUAAAGUUUAUCCAAAAGAACACAUUCUUGAAAUCAAGCAAGAAAAUUUAGAAAAUAAGAACUAUGAGCAGGAUCUUUCUCACUAAGGUCUUAUAAUAUAGGUAUAUAUUUAUGACUAAUAAAUAGUCUAGUUUUAGUAGAUAAAUAGAUGGCCACUGUGAUACAAAACACACAGAUAGACUCAAAGAGGGGCUCCAGGGUGGCUCAGUUAGUUAAGUAUCUGCAUUUGGCUCAGGUCAUGAUCCUGGAGUUCCAGGAUUGAGCUCUGUGUUGGGCUCCCCACUCAGCAGAGAGUCUACUUCUCCCUCUGACCCUGCUCCUCUCAUGCUUUCUCUCUCUCAAAUAAGUAAAAUCUUUUAAAAAAAUAGACUCAAAGAUAGUUUAAGAUAUAAUAGUGACAGCUUAUUGAAUCAUGGAGAAAGAAUGGAUUUUUUUUAAGUGGCAUUGAACAAAAUGACCAAAUAUUUAAGAAAUGAAGAUGGGCCUGCCAAGCCUUUCUCUGUGGAUUAAUGUGGACUAAUGAUUCAAUCGCCAUAAUUUCAAUAGUUAAUUAUCCAUUUGUCACGACUGAUCUCUCUCUUUCUCUCCCUCCCACCCCUUUCUUUUGACUUUCAUGAUAUCAUAGUCUGUUGGUUUUUCUCUGCCUUCCUGGGGGAUCUUUCUCAGCUUUUCUGGUUACUUCUGUCUUAUACUAGGAAUAACUUUCUUUAUAUCUCUAUUCUACAUACACUUUCUUAGUGUAUGAACUUGGGACAUGCUAAGUUUCUUUCUUAGUGAUAUCUACAACUUCCAAAUUUAAAUCUCCAAACCCAGUACUAAUUUUCAAGGCACAGAAUUGGCUCUCACUAAAUAUUUGUUGAAUUAAUGAAUAUUGAAAAAACUCUAAAUUCCUCCUAAGGGACAAAUAUACACAGAAUUUAAAUAAAUGAAAAGACUAUUGAAUGGGAAUUUUUUUUUUUAAGAUUUUAUUUAUUUGAGAGAGGGAGAAUGAGAGACAGAGAGCAUGAGAGGGAGGAGGGUCAGAGGGAGAAGCAGACUCCCUGCUGAGCAGGGAGCCCGAUGCGGGACUCGAUCCCGGGACUCCAGGAUCAUGACCUGAGCCGAAGGCAGUCGCUUAACCA